AACUCAGUGGAGCAUCUCUCCAAGGCGCAGAGGCGAUCCAGGGACCACUUCACCUGUGUGAUGACUUCACUGUGACAGUCAGUCUCUGUUCGGGUGUUCAGUGCGCAACAGUGCGCUCUGCUGCUCAGCUGACACACACAGAAAGAGCUGUAACAUCACGGAGAGGGGAAAAAAAGAAAAACAGUUUAGGUUUCUGAUAACUCCGCGCGUCCCGCUUCUCUCCACAGCCGGGUUGGAUCGGACGCACAGACUUGUUGCCUCAGCAGCGCUCUGAGGAGGCCUCGGCUGUUUGUUGCGUGUCCGACACUCAAGUCAGCGACAGGACUUAAAAGCCAGCUGCAAGGAUGAUGUCCUACAUAAAGCAACCCCAUUACACAAUGAACGGGUUAAAUUUGCCCGGCCCAGGGAUGGAUGUGCUGCACACAACUGUCGCUUACCCAUUCUUUGCAGCCACUCCCCGGAAGCAGCGCCGCGAGCGCACCACCUUUACCCGGACACAGCUGGACAUCCUGGAGGCCCUGUUCUCCAAGACCCGCUACCCAGACAUCUUCAUGAGGGAGGAGGUGGCCCUGAAGAUUAACCUGCCCGAGUCACGUGUGCAGGUUUGGUUUAAAAACCGCCGUGCAAAGUGCCGUCAGCAGCAGCAGCAGAGCAGUGGUCAGUCUAAGCCCCGCCCACCCAAAAAGAAGGCCUCUCCCGUUCAGGAACCCACUGCCCCUGAUCCUCUUCCUAACCCGUCUGGAUCCUACAGCCCCUCUUCGGCUCAGUCCGGCCCCAGCCUGGCCCCGAGCUCCAGCAAUGGAAACACGGCUGUGUCCAUCUGGAGCCCGGCCAUCUCGCCGCUGCCCGACCCCUUGGCCUCCUCCUCGGCCCCCUGCAUGCAGCGUCCCUCUCCUUACCCCAUGAGCUACGGCCAGCCAUCAGCAUACACCCAGGGCUACGCCAGCACCACCUCCUACUUCACCGGCCUGGACUGCAGCGCCUACCUGUCCCCCAUGCACUCGCAGCUGUCAGGCACCGUGGGGGCCCUCAGCCCGAUCACUGUGCCCUCGAUGGGGGGCUCCCUGAGCCAGUCCCCCGCCUCCCUGUCCUCACAGGGCUACAGCACGGCCUCCUCCCUGGGCUUCACCUCUGUGGACUGCCUGGACUACAAGGACCAGCAGGCCUGGAAACUGGGCUUCACCACAAUGGACUGUCUGGACCACAAGGACCAGAACUCCUGGAAGUUCCAGGUCCUCUAAAAGGGCCGAGUCGAGUGAGAGAAAGAGCGACACAGAUCAGCCACAGAGGACUCUUUUCAGUCUGUUUGUUUGUGAGAUGUGUUUGUUUUCCAAAGGCGACCUCUGUAGAAACGGUUUAUCAGAUGAAGGGACCCGAGGCUGUCUUCAAUACUGCCUGACUGAAAACCAGACCUGUCCUCUUCUUCAUGCUGCGUUUAAUAAGAGAACAAAAGCCUUUCAAGAGUUAGUAGGAAACACACUGAGCCGUCUGAACAGGACUGUCUGAUUCAGACACAAACACACGUUUCAUUUUGUUGUAAACUUAGAGAGGAGGGAGAGCUGCUUUCACAGGAGACGGCUCAGGAGUUAUUUAUUCUUAUGUUAUGCUAUUUAAAUUUGUAAUUUGAUUUUGUUUAGAUGAGCAUUGUUUUGAGCGUUUAUGUGGCGUAUUUCAGUGUUAGUCUUUAGUGUUAUCAUCCCCAAUCUGUUUGAUGGAAAAGUCCGAUUUUCUGUUUAAGUUGUGUGAAAUAUUAAAGUGAAAUAUUCUUUA